AUGGAUGUUCUUGUCUACCUUUUGUUUUCUUUUUACUACGGAGUUUCUGCAAAAACAACCGAGUACGUCACUUUGCUGUUUGUGGGUGAUGUUUCGUUCGCUGGUCCUGUGAAAUACUACGUUGAACACAACUAUCACACGUAUGAGGACUCUUUCAGUGACGUGGCAGAAUACAUCAAGGAUGCUGAUAUAUCCGUGGCCAAUUUGGAAUGUCCUUUCGUCGACAAAAAGGUUUAUCGUCACAUGUUCAAAGAUAAGAGAAGGCUGACGAUUCUUUAUUCCAGUCCCGAAGCUGCUCCAGCAUUGAGCUAUGCAGGCUUUGAUGCUGUCACAGUUGCCAACAAUCAUUUCAACGACUUCGGCACUGAAGGUGCUAAUUUCACCGUUGAAAUUCUUAAGAAGGAAGGAAUAAGAUUUUUCGGCGUUACUUAUGGGAGAUUUGAUUCAUCUCAGGAACCUUUGAUAAUGGAAAGAAAAGAAAUAAAAAUAGGAUUUCUUGGAUACUGUGACCAUGUACCAGAUUUCCCAAACUGUACUGUGAUGAGAAGGAUGUACAAAUCUGGUCCUGCUAUCUAUCGGGAUGAUAUUGCCACAAGAGAUGUUAGAAAAAUAAAAGAGGCUGGCGUGGAUAUCAUCGUGGUAUACAUGCACUGGGGAAGAGAAGUGCUUUUGAAACCGCUCGAUUACCAACUUCAUAUAACAAAGCACCUUUGGUCUCUUGGAGUCCACAUGAUCAUUGGAUCACAUCCGCACGUGCUGCAACCUCACUGGCUGACCAAGGACAACAAACUUGUGGAAUACAGUCUAGGAAAUUUCUUGUUUCCUCCUUUGCGUCCAAUAGGUGGAAACAACCCGUUAGUUUACGGUGGAAGGGGUUUUAAACCAAAUCCUCGCUUGAUUGAAUCAUAUGAGUAUAUCACUUAUGAAGUAAGAGAUAUGCUGAAAUUGAGCCGGAUGUUGAGAGUGACUGUCUCAAGACAUGGUAUAGUAAAAGCCGAAUAUCACCCCAUGAGACUUGUAUUUAAUCAGAAAGAAAAGCGACUUCAUCCUGAACCUGAGAAGCACACAAAAUGGUCUACUGUUUGUGGAGAUGACGACAAGGAAUGCCAGAACUUAAAAAGACUGGAAACUGGAACUGGAACUGGAACUGCAUAA